AUGUGAGAUUUCAGUACCUUGUCGGGGUGGAGAACACAGCCAGAGAUACUGUUCUGACACAGCUCAGUCACCACGUUAUUUGGCUCAGUGGACAGUGAUGGCAUUUUUCGGCGUGACUAACUGUGGAUACCAAAAUCCUAUUAGGGAUCGAAUGCUAUCUAAAAACACCGAAGGUCCUGGCAGUGUGCUGGCAUUGCCCCCUAUCUGCCCCGCGAGGAGACCAUCCUGCAGCGACACAUGCACUGUCUACAACCAGCCCCAGACUCUCCCCUACAGCUCCGACCUGCACCGGGGCAGCCAUCUGGGCUACAGGGAAAUGCUGAAACGUCACAAGACACCGAGAUCUCCUAAUCAGGUGUAUGUAAUGCCCAUGACUGACAUCCAACAUUACGGAUGGCUGUUGCCCAAUUCUGACCAGUGGAGAAGGAUUCGCAGGUUCCCCCGCAGGCACAGUGAGAUGACCAGAUUCGUCAUGGAUAUGUCAAUGACUAACCGGGAGUUCAGCUUGUUUUGAGCUUAACAACUCAAAAAUGAAUGUAUAAAUGGUCAAUAAAUCACUCUACAUAAUA